UCUCUUUUUCACACACUCACUCAUAUGCAGAGGAGGUGUGGUUUUUACUAAGUCAGAAAGAGCAUAUGUCAACCAAGCAGACUGAACAGUGCAACACAGUUUGUCACCUCAGUCCUUGUUUUUACGUGUUAAAGUUGACUCUGUCUUUCUUAAAAUGGACACUGCUUUUAAAAACCUGGAUGCAGCUGGUUUCCUGGAAAUCUGGCAACACUUUGAUGCAGAUGAUAAUGGCUACAUUGAGGGCAAAGAGCUUGAUGACUUUUUCAUUCACAUGAUGAAGAAACUGGGUCAUCAGGAGAAAGCGACUGAAGAGAGAGUCCAGAGACUGAAGCAAAGGUUUAUGUCCGCCUAUGAUGUCACUGCUGAUGGGAAACUACAGAUUGAGGAGUUGGCCAAUAUGAUCCUCCCUGAAGAUGAGAACUUCCUCUUAGUUUUCCGCAGAGAAGCUCCUCUGGACAACAGUGUUGAAUUCAUUAAGAUAUGGCGGAAGUACGAUGUUGACUGCAGCGGCUACAUAUCAGCUCGGGAGCUCAAGGCUUUCCUGAAAGAUCUGUUCCAACAGCAUCACAAGGAAGUGUCAUCUGAUAAGCUGGAGGAGUACACAGACACAAUGAUGAAAAUCUUUGACAAAAACAAGGAUGGCUGUUUGGAUUUGAACGACAUGGCCAGGAUCUUGGCUUUAGAGGAGAAUUUCCUGCUGAAGUUCGAGAUGGAUGCCUGCAGUAAAGAGGAGAGAAAGAGAGACUUUGAGAAGAUCUUUAACCAUUAUGAUGUUAGUAAGACAGGAGCGCUGGAGGGUCCUGAGGUGGACGGCUUUGUCAAAGACAUGAUGGAGCUGGUCAGGCCCAAUCUUACAAUUCCUGAGCUGGACAAGCUGCGAGGCAUUCUGCUGCGUCAUUGUGACGUCAACAAGGACGGAAAGAUCCAGAGAAAUGAGCUGGCUCUUUGUCUGGGAGUCAAACAUAAACUUAGUUAGAUAUCUGUAUUCUGAAACACUGAGUCUUAUUCAUUGUAUGGUCAACAAUGGUAGAAUGUUGUGAUGUAUCCAGAUCAGUCUAAUUACUCGGUUAUUUGAGGUCAAUAUUCAUAAAGAGUUAUUUGAUCCUGAAAAUGAUAGAAACACAAUGUAUUACUGCGUAAUAAUAAAAAAAAAAUUAAAUGACUGUAGAUUGUCUAUGAUUUGAAAUUACAUGAAAUGUGUUUCUUGUGGUUGUUGUAGAAUUUGUGGUAUAUUAAUCAGUUUGUUUGUUUGCUUUUAAAAACAGAAUGUUUUUAAUGGUAAUAUUCUUCUUUUAGUUUGGUGCUGGAGUUUGUUGGCUAUUAAAUAAAACAGAAGUUUAUGCAGAAAGUAGCCUGCUAGUUAUUUUGCAGUGGAGCAGUACAUAUGAAAAUGUCCGCCGCUCUGACCAUUCUUCUACGUUGAUUCGAAUGAGAAUACCUUUCUAUUCAAUUCUACUUCUAUGAUUAUUACUGAUGUUUGGCUAUUUGCAUGUUUCUCUGCCAAAGAAGGCUGAAAUACAGUAUGUUGAAUAAAGCAAUGAUGAAGUAAUGAG